AUGGCACCCAUCAAAGUUGGCGUGAUCGGGUACGGCAACUCAGCCAAAAGCUUCCACCUACCAUUUAUCACUGCGAUUCCAGACUUUGAACUUGUAGCUAUUCUUCAGAGAGCUGAAGCUCCGUCAGACCCUUCGUCCGCCCCCAAGGGAUCACAUUGCACUGUUGACUUUCCUCAUGUCAAGCACUACCGCGAGGCUGACGAGUUCUUUGCCGACACCGAGAUCCAGUUUGUCGUUGUUGUCACUCAUCACGAUACGCAUGGAAAGUUUGCUGAACAAGCCCUCCUCUCGGGCAAACAUGUCAUCGUUGAUAAGCCCUUCACUAUGACAUCUGAGGAGGCAGACAAAGUGAUCAAGAUAUCGGAAGACAAGGGUCUCAUACUCACUUGUUUCCAGAAUCGAAGAUGGGAUGCCGACUUCAAAACACUCAGCCACCUCAUAGAAAAUGGUGCACUCGGCGAUAUCAAAGAAGCCGAACUGCACUACGACUUUGAGUCACCAUCUUGGUUGUCUAAGAUGGGGACAAAGUUUACUCCAGGAUCAGGCAUGUCUUACGGUCUUGGUACCCACAGUCUAGACCAGGCUCUUGUUCUGUUUGGUCAGCCCAAGUCUGUGACGGGAUUCUUCCGUGUCCAACGCGAUGGCGAAAGUGAGGUAGAAGACUCUUUCACUAUCAUUCUCCAAUACGACGGCGCACAGAAGGAUCUUCUUGUCACGGUCAAGACGGCCGUGGUGACACCCAUGGCACAGCAGCUCAAACAGCUCGUCCGAGGAACGAAAGGCUCUUUCAUCAAGUUUCAACAACGCAGCACCUGCAUAACAGAAGACAAUAUCGCAGCAGGUCUCAAGCCGCUUGAUGAAGGAUUCGGUGUGGAGCAUGAGAGUAUGCAGGGAACUCUGACCACAUAUGAAGAGUUCGACGGUAAGGUGCAGAAGUGGGAUCCGGAGACGAAGAAAUAUACAGGCAAAUAUCCCACUCUUCCAAGCCGAUGGAUUGGACUCUACGAGAAUGUUGCCGAUGCUAUCAACGGCAAGGCAGAAUUAGUCGUCAAGCCUACUCAGUCCCGGGAUGUUUUGAGAGUCAUUGAGCUGGCAAGGGAAUCACACGAGAAGGGCGCUACUGUUCCUUGGUCUGGAAGUAUAUAG